AAGAUCACGCGAAAUCGUCAACAAUCAAAUCCGGCUAACUUACUUAGCGAGGUACGAAGAACGGACCCCUGAUCUACAUCGUGACUCAUUAUACCACUUGUUUUUUUUAUCUUUUUGCAAUUCUAAUAACUCUAACCGAGUUAGUAGCUGGCAACAGUUAAGACAAACAUUUUCCUGCUCUCUUAGCAACUUUUGUUAGCUGAUUAAUGCAGACUGAAUCAUUCAUCUUUCUUAACAGACCAAAGUAUUAUAGGCCAAUCAGUACCUUGUUCUGCUUGUGCAUCAUGGUGUUUGGAUGGUGCUAACUUUCACAUCUAUAGUUUCAUUGUUGUGUAACAUGACUUAUUUGUACUAAAGAGGUAAAUAAUACCUGCAGGUUAGGUUGUAACUCGGCAAUGAAUAAAUGUUUUUUCAGUGGCUGCUGUUGUGUCUGCAGACCCCUGCAGGCGUGCACAGGAGUGCGCCUUCAUCCAGGAACCAGUGGUGCCUCAGCAGGUGGAUGUGGACCUGGUCAUGGUGCUGGACAGUUUCGGGGAGAUCCAGGCCGAUGAAUACACCGGUGCCCAGCAGCUGCUGAGCUCUGUGGUGGAGCAGCUGGCCGUGAGUCCACAGCCCCGCCGCCAGGCCCGAGUAGCUCUGGUCCAACAGAGCACCAAGGUGGAGUUCGGCCUGCAGACCUACCAGAACUGUGAAGACGUACAUGAUGCAGAACAUGCAGCAGCAGGGCGGCUCUUUGGCGCUGGGACAGAUGCUGGACUACACCCUGAGGGAGGUGCUGCUGAAGGCCGGCCAGCCGCGCAGCAAGAGGGCCGUCCUGACUGUGGUUGGCACCAAGACGGCCUACAGGGACCAGGCCAAGCUGCGCUACAUCUCCCAGAAGGCCAAGUGUGAGGGGGUGGCGCUGUUUGUGGUGGCGGUGGGUGAUCGUUAUAAACGCAGGGAGGUGGAGGAGCUGGCCAGCGUGCCGACACAGCAGCACCUGAUCAGAUUCAACAGGCUGAAGGCCGACGAGCAGGGCUACGCCCAACGCUUCAUCCGAGUCUUCCUCUCCGCCCUCAACAAGGGACUCAACGCUUAUCCUCCACCCCCAUUUAAACUGACCUGCAGCCAGCUGUCAGAGCCAGACGACACUCUGGACACAAACAGUCAAAGUGAGGCAGAGCUGGAGUUUCAGGAGCAAACGACGAGCAUCAACAGCACUGUGAACACAGGAGACGACUCACAGUCAGAUGUGAACGUGGAGCUGACGAAGCAGCUGCACAGUUUUGUGUCCACAGACGUGUGUCUCCUGAGCGAGGACGUCGGCCACUGUCAGGAUUACACGUGUGGUGGUUCUUUGACCACAAACAGGGCGCCUGCUCUCGUUUCUGGUACGGCGGCUGCGGCGGCAACAAAAACCGCUUUGAGACGCAGGAUGAGUGCGAGAGCGUUUGCCUGACACCGCAGUGAUGAGGAGGUGGAGCUAGGCCGGCGUCCUCCAUCAAACACGAGCAUCGUGAAGAGCCGGCGACCUGGGAGCAGAAACACACCCAGGAUCGUUUAAACUGUUCGAGGACUGAAAACCAUCACGUCAGUGUUUCUUUGUCACAUGCAUGCUAUAAGCUACAUGCAUGCUAUAAGCUACAUGCAUGCUAUAAGCUACAUGCAUGCUACAAACUCUGUUAAAGUUUCUGAUUAAAAUGUUAUUAAAAAGUCAA